ACAGGACAGAAAGGACAACUUCCCCGACAGUGGACGUUGAAAUGCAGCAGCAGCAGUGAUUGAUAGACUUUGAGUGUGCCUGAGGACUAUUCUGUGCUGAAACACCAAAAGUCAUGUGUCGUUUGGCAGCCCUGAUCACUUUUCUGACUUGCACGAUGCUGUCACAGGCCCAGCAUGAGGCCGGGUACUGUGCUUUCUAUGAGGAGUGUGGCAAGAACCCUUCAGUGGGGGGCACCCUCAUCACCCCUAUUGUCCCCUGUUUGAAUUACAGCCGUGCUCGGGAGCUGACAGGGGAGCACUACAGGAAACUCAAACAGGUGUGUCCCAUGUUAGACAAAGGAGUGGGCAACACAUUUGCCUGUUGCUCCAUCAAGCAGCUGUCGUCCCUGGAAAAGAGUUUGGGUCUAUCCAAGCCUCUGCUGGUGCGCUGCCCUUCAUGUGCUGAAAACUUUGCCCACCUGCACUGCAUCAACACCUGCAGUCCAAACCAGAGCCAGUCAGUCAAGGUCACAAAAGUCAUGAAUGUUACUUACAUGGGGAAGACCAAAGAGGCCGUGGUGGCGUACCAGGCUUACCUCUCCACCAGCUUUGCAGAUGCGGCCUUCCAGUCAUGUCAGAGUGUCAGGAUCCCUGCCACGGGAGGCUUCGCCAUCGGUACUAUGUGUGGCCGCUACGGCGCCAAGCUGUGCACCCCCCAGCGCUGGUACGACUUUCAGGGAGAUACGAGUAACGGCCUGGCUCCGCUGGACAUCGACUUCAGACUCAUAAAGCAGGCAGAACUAGAGGGAGUACCUGAGGGUGUGAUUCCUUACAGUGGACAAGCCUUGAAGUGUAACGAGAUCACCCCCUCUGGAGGUCAAGCGUGCUCGUGUCAGGACUGCAAAGAGUCGUGUCCUAUUGUUCCGCCGCCCCGACUCCCACCGGGACCCUUCAGACUUUUGGGCACAGACGGCUUCCUUGUCAUUUCUGUCAUCUUAUUCUGCCUCCUGAUAUUUGCCUUCCUCUUCUUCCUGUUGGUCUCUUGUCUUGUGAAGUCCCAGAAGAAGCAGGAUGAGGACAGAGGAAAGAGAAAGAGCAAGAACCAAGACCAGAACAGUAAUGAUGUGACUCAGCGGGUCAUUGAUCCUUCAGAGGUGACAUGCGCCGACAGGAACAGUAUGGCCGCUCAGACCUUCCUCAGCUCUGUGUUUCAGACGUGGGGGACAUUCAUGGCCACUUAUCCCCUCACGGUUCUCCUGGUGUCGGCCGUCAUUGUUGCUGCGUUCUCUACUGGCCUCAUGUGGCUUGAACUCACCACUGACCCAGUGGAGCUGUGGUCGGCUCCCAACAGCCGAGCCCGUCAGGAGAAGGACUUCCAUGACAAGCACUUCGGCCCAUUCUUCAGAACCAACCAGCUGAUCUUGACAGCACCGGGGAGAAAAGGACACGUUUACGACUCUUUGCUCUUCGGGUCGCAGAACUUUAGCGGCCUUGUAUCUAAAGAUCUCAUCAUUGAACUGCUGCAGCUCCAGAAAAGAAUACAAAACAUUGAGUUCUGGUCAGAGGACCUGAACCGCACAGCAAGUCUGAAGGAUGUGUGUUUCGCACCGCUCAACCCGAACAACUCAACCCAGACUGACUGUGCAGUCAACAGCCUGCCGCAAUACUUCCAGAACAGCCUUGAUAACAUCCAUGCAAAGGUGAACAUGACAGAGCUGGGGGUCACCAAAGAAGUGGACUGGAGGGACCACCUCAUAUACUGCCUCAACUCGCCUCUGUCCUUCAAAGACAUCACUGAUUUAGGAAUGAGCUGCAUGGCUGACUAUGGAGCUCCAGUCUUUCCCUUCCUGGCCGUAGGAGGCUACCAGGGUGAUGACUACACCAAUGCAGAGGCCUUCAUCUUGACUUUCUCCCUCAACAACUAUCCACGAACUCACGUCAAAUUUAACGUGGCCAUGCAGUGGGAGAAAGAGUAUCUGAAAAUUGUCCAAGACUACCAGAGAGACCCUGCUGCCAACUUCACAUUUGCAUACAUGGCCGAGAGGUCCCUGGAGGAUGAGAUUAAUCGCACAACCGCAGAGGACAUUCCCAUCUUCAUGAUCAGCUAUGCUGUAAUCUUUGUGUACAUCGCUGUUGCACUUGGGGAGUACUCAUCAUGGAGACGCAUACUGGUGGACUCAAAGUUCCUGGUUGGUCUGGGGGGGAUCUUGGUGGUUGCAUGGUCAGUGUUGGCCUCCAUGGGCUUCUACUCCUGGAUCGGCAUUCCGUCCUCACUGGUCAUACUGCAGGUCGUGCCUUUCCUGGUGCUCGCGGUUGGAGCUGACAACAUCUUCAUCUUUGUUCUGGAAUACCAGAGAGAUGUCCGGAGGCCCGGAGAGAAGAGAGAGCAGCAGAUUGGCCGUGUGCUUGGGAACGUGGCUCCCAGCAUGCUCCUUUGCAGUCUCUCUGAGUCCGUCUGCUUCUUUCUAGGCGCUCUGUCCACCAUGCCUGCAGUGAAGUCCUUUGCUUUAUACGCCGCUCUGGCUGUGCUCAUGGACUUUGUGCUCCAGAUGACAGCCUUUGUGGCCCUCCUGUCGCUGGAUGCCCGGCGCCAAGACAACAACCGAUGUGAGCUGUUCUGCUGCACCACCGUAACGACCCAGAGGUCCAACAAGCCCAACGAGGGCUUCCUGCUACCCCUCAUGAGGAAAUAUUACGCCCCUGUACUGCUGAACCGUUACAUUAGAUUCCUAGUGAUGUUGGUGUUCUUCUUCAUGUUCAGCGGUUCUCUAUACCUCAUGUUCAAUGUGACCGUCGGUCUGGAUCAGGAGCUGGCCAUGCCCAAGGGCUCUUAUAUGCUGGAUUAUUUCAAGUACCUAUACAAAUAUUUGGAAGUAGGAGUCCCCGUUUAUUUUGUGACAAGACGUGGCUUCGAUUUUACUACCAAGGCGGGCAUGAAUGCGGUGUGUUCCAGUGUGGGCUGCGACCAGUUUUCCAUGACCCAGAAGAUUCAGUACGCCACCAAUCACCCUGAUUUAUCCUAUUUGGGCAUUUCCUCAAACUCCUGGGUGGAUGAUUUCAUCGACUGGCUGAAUCCUGGAUCGAAAUGUUGUAGACUCUACACCUAUGGUCAAAAUUUUGGAAAGUUCUGUCCUGCAAACGAAUCUGCUUUCCUCUGUGCACGCAAGUGUAUGGCCAACCCCCCAAACGGUGUCCUCAGGCCCACCGUGGAACAGUUCAAUCGCUUUCUACCUAACUUCCUGGGGAACAGGCCUGACCUGCAGUGCCCCAAAGGUGGACUAGGAGCCUAUGACACAGCUGUGGUGAAAGACGAAAAUGGAGAAAUUAUUGCUUCUCGCUUCAUGGCUUACCACACGCCUCUGACCAACUCUCAGGAGUUCACUGCAGCAUUACUGAAAGCCAGAGAACUGGCUCAAGACAUCACUGACAGCAUGAGGAAGGUGCCAGGAACCUCUCCAGACUUUGAAGUCUUCCCUUACACGGUGACCAAUGUGUUCUAUGAGCAAUACCUGACUAUCGUACCCGAGGGCCUCUUUAACAUCUCACUGUGUCUGCUGCCAACGUUUGUGGUGUGCUGUCUGCUGCUGGGCUUGGACCUGCGCUCGGGUCUGCUCAACCUCAUCACCAUCAUCAUGAUCACCGUGGACACUGUCGGGGUCAUGACACUCUGGGACAUCCAUUACAAUGCAGUUGCCCUUAUCAACCUGGUUACGGCGGUGGGUAUCUCUGUGGAGUUUGUGUCCCACAUGACAAGAUCGUUUGCACUCAGCACAAAGCCCACCCGUGUGGAGCGAGCAAAGGAGGCGACAGCCAACAUGGGCAGUGCAGUGUUUGCUGGUGUUGCCAUGACCAACCUACCCGGCAUUCUGGUGUUGGCUUUUGCCAAAGCCCAACUCAUCCAGAUCUUCUUCUUCCGCCUCAACCUGGUCAUUACACUUUUGGGGAUGGCUCAUGGACUCAUCUUCCUCCCCGUGGUGUUGAGCUACUUCGGACCUGGUGUGAAUAAAGCAGUGCUGCUGCAAAUCCAACAAGGGAAAGCAAAAGCUCGCCAGGAGCUGGAGCUGAGAAGCAACAUGAGACAAUUUUAUGACAACAUGAGCUACCAAGACAAUGAGACUAAGGAGCAGGUACACUCCAAGACCACUAAGGCUCCUGUGGACACCAACGGCCCAAUGGACAUUAUGGAACACAAGUAGGAGAGAAUUGACAACAUCUGAGCUGAAGAACUAAACAGAGGGUUUUAAGCUCAGAUGAGUAAAUACCUCAAUAGCGAACUGGAGAUGUGGAGAUGUGGAGAUGGACAAACCUAUAGGGGGGCUCAUCUUUGUCUCCAACUGGAAGUAAUUAACCUGCCUAUGCACCUCAAUCACAGGUGGAAAAGAUGAACAGAACACAAGUCACAGUUGUGCAAUUUUCUCUUUACACUAGUGGACACUAAUGAAUAUAUUUGUCAGGACAGCAAGUGGACAAAUAUUCUUGAAUUUUCUACUUUUUAUUGAAUGUAAUAUCUUGUGUAUGUACGCAAUAUUAGCACUGUUUUUAAGUAAAUGAACACACUCCAGCAUUUUUGCAAAAACUGAGUUGGACUUGGCACUUUUAAACCUGGGUUGCAGGAUCUUUUAAUUAUGAUAUACUGACACACUCUCUCGGCUUUGAGAGGUAGAAAUGUAUACUUUUGCACCAUAGCUGUUGGCUCAUUUAUGAAAGAUUGUGUUUGGAGAUAUCGGAUACAAUCUGUAUUUAUGUUGGAAGUUAUACUGAAUAAAUAUCUAUUUCCUGGUCAUGG